AAAAAAGGAUAAUUACUAGACAUGUCCUUGGACUCUGCAGAUCGACCCCGUUCGACACAUUCCAGGUGCUACCGUUACUACUUCUACUACUACGCUACGGAAACAUGGCUGACCCUCGCAACGGAGGAAAGCGAAAUCUCAUUAUUGUCUCGAAUCGGCUUCCUCUUUCUGUCAAGCAAACCGAUGAUGGAACGUAUCAGUCUUCCAUCUCGAGCGGGGGGCUGGUCACCUCGUUGUCUGGGUUGACCAAGUCCACGACGUUCAAGUGGUUCGGGUGGCCUGGUCUGCAGGUUGAUGACCCGCAGGAUCGGGAGAAGGUCUCCAAGAGUUUGGCGGCGCAUAACGCUGUUGCUGUUUUUUUGGAUCAGAAGUUGGCGAACCAGCAUUAUAAUUGUUUUUCGAAUCAGAUCCUCUGGCCAAUUCUACAUUACCAAACUGUUACGCUGAAUGAGAGCGCCUGGGAAUCGUAUAAGAAGGUCAACGAGCUAUUUGCCGAAUCUGUUGCCGAUGCCGCUUCUGAUGGCGAUCUCAUCUGGGUGCAUGAUUACCAUCUUAUGCUUCUCCCGGGACUGUUGAGGAAACGGCUCGAGGAGCAGGGAAAGUUCUGUGCUAUUGGAUUUUCCUUGCAUACGCCCUUUCCAGCAAAGGACUUUUGGAGAGCGCUUCCGGUGCGCAAGGAGUUGAUUGAAGGUAUUCUGGCGAGCGACCAGGUCGGGUUCCAUACGGAUGAGUAUAAGCAGAAUUUCAUGGACAGUUGUCAUAGUUUAUUAGAGGCCACCAUCGAACCCCCCGAUAAAAUCCGCUGGAAGGGUCGUUGGAUCAUAGCGGACAGUUUUAUCGUUGGGAUUGAUCCUCAGAAAUUCGAGGAUACUCUGCAAAAGCCCGAAGUUAUCAGUCGGAUUAAGGAGCUGGAGGAGGUCUACAAGGAUAAGAAGGUUAUCAUUGGGGUUGAUCGGCUUGAUUAUAUCAAGGGCCUGACGCUUAAACUCAAGGCGUACGACGCGUUUCUGGACGAGCACAAGGAGCUGAAAAACAAAGUCGUUCUCAUCCAGGUUGCUGUUCCGAGUCGGGAGGAUGUGAAGGAGUAUCAGGAUUUGGAGACUGAAAUUUCGACCAUGGUAGGGAAGAUUGAUGGGAAGCAUGCUACACCCGACGGAUCACCUCUCGUCUACAUGCACCGCUCCGUGCCCUUCACAGAACUGACAGCCCUCUACGCCGUUGCUGAUGCCUGUCUGCUCACCUCAAUGCGAGACGGGAUGAACCUUGUCUGCUUCGAAUAUGUCGCCUGCCAGGCCAAGAAACACGGCGUCCUCGUCCUGUCCGAAUUCGCGGGAGCAUCGUCCUUUAUGAAUGGCGGAUGUAUCACGUUCCAUCCUGCAAAUACCAAGGAGUUGUCUGAUGCUAUUUAUCGAGCUAUUACGAUGAGGCCGGAUGAGCGUGAAAGCAAUUAUAAUCAACUACGACGGUUUAUAGAUAAGAACACGAGUGCUAGAUGGGGAGAAACGUUUAUCGAGAGAUUGACCAAAUGCACGGCAUAGAGAGGGGUUUCUCGAAUCCUGGAUAGUUGUUCAGUCUUUGUACACUUGUCCUUUCUCGUGCCGACUACUGGCGUCAUGGAUAAUGAGAUGGAUACCUUGGAGCAGACGUUCCUGGAGGACAAGCCUGACUGUUAUCAUACUUUCCGUGUAUAUAUGUUUGAGAAUAUAUGUACUUACGCAGCAUUCCAAUUAAGUAUAUAAAUUAAUUCUCAA